AUGUCCAGCCGCGCGAGCUCGCAGCCCCCUCUGCGCCGACCCAACUGGAGUUGUUCUCAUCGACUCGUCUGCCCUCUCCUCUCCCCCUUGGCGAUGACGAUGAACUUUGUGUUCACAGCUCCCCUCGGAGACAGGGGCUGUUACAUCAAAGGUCUGCAGUGUGCUGCCCUUCCUAUAAUAUUUCAAUUUAAACACUGCCUCGCUGCAGUGGUGUCACAUCUCAUUUACACUGUGGCCUUUGUGGGAGACAGGGAUCAUUACGGAGCGCACACUGAGAAAAAAACACAUUACAGGCCGGCCAGGCAGCGGAAGGGCAGGAGACAGGCAGCAAGAGCAGCAGCCGGGGGCGGAGGGUCUCCCGGGACGCGGAGGGGCCCGCCCCUCCAAGUUGUCAGGCUGGAGUCAGACGAGGAUGCCGCUGACACCUCUGGCUGCACCGCGUUGCCCAAAGAUGCUGUUUCUUUACUUUUCUCUGGUUGUUGCAGUAAGGCAAUCCCCCGGUGCUUCCGGGACUGA